CCGGGGCCGUCGCAGGGAGCGCGCUCGACUCUCCGCGCCUGUGUUUCGCCCGCCCCGCUCCUCGCCGCGUCGGUCCGCUGGCCGGGUCCGGCUCACCAGCUCCGAACCCAGGCUCCACGGCCGCCGCGGGGACCCGCCCACCAGACCCUGCCCGGGCCGCACGGCCGCCUCUUGGGACCCCGCCGUUGAUGACACCUGGCAGAAGGCUACCAUGGAAGGGGACGGUUCCGACUCGCUGGUUACCAUUAAGAAUAUUGAAAGAGAGCUCAUUUGCCCAGCAUGCAAGGAGCUGUUCACCCACCCGCUGAUUCUCCCUUGUCAACACAGUAUCUGUCAUAAGUGUGUAAAAGAACUCUUACUGACCCAUGAUGACUCAUUCAAUGACGUGGGAUCGGACAACUCCAAUCAGAGCAGUCCUCGACUUCGGCUCCCGUCCCCUAGCAUGGACAAAAUUGACAGAAUUAGCAGACCAGCAUCACAACGGAGAUCUUUGGGGUGGAGAGGCUGGAAGCGCGGUUCCCUGACCCCUAGGACAACCACUUUCCCUUGCCCCGGCUGUGAGCAUGACGUGGAUCUCGGAGAACGAGGAAUCAGUGGUCUGUUUCGCAAUUUCACUUUGGAAACUAUCGUGGAGAGGUACCGGCAGGCAGCUAGGGCGGCCACGGCCAUCAUGUGUGACCUCUGUAAGCCACCACCCCAGGAGUCCACCAAGAGUUGCAUGGACUGUAGCGCAAGCUACUGCAAUGAGUGCUUCAAAAUUUACCACCCGUGGGGUACAGUGAAAGCUCAGCACGAGUAUGUGGGUCCAACUACCAACUUCAGGCCCAAGAUUUUAAUGUGCCCAGAACACGAGACGGAGAGAAUAAACAUGUACUGUGAGUUGUGUAGGAGGCCGGUGUGUCAUCUCUGUAAGUUGGGCGGUAAUCAUUCCAAUCACCGGGUGACCACCAUGAGCAGCGCCUACAAAACCUUAAAGGAAAAGCUUUCAAAGGAUAUUGAUUAUCUUAUUGGCAAGGAGAGCCAGGUGAAGAGCCAAAUUUCUGAACUAAACUUGUUAAUGAAAGAAACAGAGUGUAAUGGAGAGAGAGCCAAAGAAGAAGCAGUCACACAUUUUGAAAAGCUCUUUGAAAUUCUAGAAGAGAGGAAAUCAUCUGUUUUGAAAGCGAUUGAUGCAUCUAAGAAACUAAGAUUAGACAAAUUUCAGACUCAAGUGGAGGAAUACCAGGGACUUCUAGAGAACAAUGGGCUUGUGGGAUAUGCCCAAGAAGUGCUUAAGGAGACGGAUCAGUCCUGUUUUGUACAGACGGCCAAACAGCUCCACCUCAGAAUACAGAAAGCCACAGAAUCUCUGAAGAGCUUUAGACCCGCGGCUCAGACGUCCUUUGAAGACUAUGUUGUGAACACAUCGAAACAAACAGAACUUCUUGGAGAAUUGUCCUUUUUCUCUAGUGGCAUAGACGUGCCAGAGAUCAACGAGGAACAGAGCAAAGUGUAUAACAAUGUUCUGAUCAACUGGUACCAUCCUGAAAAGGAUAAAGCGGAUAGCUACGUCCUUGAGUAUCGGAAGAUUAAUAGAGAUGAAGAAAUGCUGUCUUGGAACGAGAUAGAAGUCUGUGGCACCAGCAAAGUGAUCUCAGACCUGGAAAGCAAUUGUAACUAUGCUUUCAGAGUGAGAGCCUACAAGGGCUCCAUCUGCAGUCCUUGCAGCAGGGAGCUGAUCCUUCAUACCCCGCCGGCGCCAGUUUUCAGUUUCCUCUUUGAUGAAAAAUGUGGCUACAAUAAUGAACACCUCCUGCUAAACUUGAAGAGAGACCGCGUGGAGAGCCGAGCCGGGUUUAAUCUCCUGCUCGCAGCAGAUCGCAUCCAGGUGGGUUAUUACACGAGCCUGGACUACAUCAUUGGAGACGUUGGAAUUACCAAGGGGAAGCACUUCUGGGCCUUCCGUGUGGAGCCGUAUUCCUACCUGGUCAAGGCGGGCGUCGCUUCCAGUGAUAAACUGCAGGAGUGGCUCCGUUCUCCCCGGGAUGCAGUUAGUCCAAGAUAUGAGCAAGACAGCGGCCAUGACAGCGGAAGUGAAGACGCCUGCUUUGACUCCUCACAGCCGUUCACACUGGUCACCAUAGGCAUGAAGAAGUUUUUCAUACCCAAGUCAGCCACUUCUGCCAACGAGCCUGAGAACAGAGUUCUCCCCAUGCCCACGAGUAUAGGGAUUUUCCUUGACUACGACAAAGGCAGAGUGGCUUUCUAUGACAUGGAUCACAUGAAAUGCCUUUACGAGCGCCAGGUGGACUGCUCGCACACCAUGUACCCAGCAUUUGCCUUAAUGGGCAGCGGGGGAGUCCAGCUGGAGGAACCCAUCACGGCAAAAUACCUAGAAUACCAAGAGCACAUGUAGUUUAAGCAUCUGACGUGACUUAGGGUAGAAAAGGGGAGCAGAGUAAUGCCUUGGUGUUAACCUUUGUAACUAAUUACAUAUCAUCUAAGUAGUCUGUGAUCACAGUGGUUUUUGUGCGUGUUUCCUCUUAAAUCGGAAAACCUAAACAGUUCUGCCUCUUCCUGUCAUCGUCCUGCCUUUCACAAGCCAUGGGAGUAAAGACACUCCUGGUUAAUAACUCUGAAAUGGUUAACUCUCUAUAACUGGAUUGUCUGUCUUUUUUUAUGAACAGGAAAUCUAAUUUAUUUAUGUCAGCGCUGUUGCUGAUACUUAAAUUUCUU